UUAGUUUGGGCAUGGUUGCUAUUUAUGCUCAUCUUUUUUUCCUUUUAUAUUUAAAAGAUGUUAGUUAUAUUAUUUUGAACAAACUCUUCUCCCUAUGUGAUCGGGCGAUCGGUUAGUUGGUUUUCUUGAGGCGACUAAACGUUGAUUUUCAGCAAAAUUAGUAGAGAGGAAAUCAUGAGCACAAGAUCAAUGGUGCUAAGCGAAAAUCAAAAGCUGUUUCUCUCCCUAAUCAAGGAAUACACGACUGAAAAACAGCAAGAAGAGCAAAGAAUUGUUGUUUUGAAGAAGAGAAUUGAAGAACUGCAAUCUGAGCUUGAAGCCACCAAUGUGGAACUCGAAAAUGUCAAGCAUGCCAAAGAAACCACUGAACAGGAACUUAAAGGCUGUGAAGUUGAAUUGUCUCUGAAUGAUACUUCAAUUCAGACUCUCGAGGCAAGGAUUUCUGUGCUACAAGGUGAAAUUGCAUCUGUUGGAUCUGAAUUGGACUCUCUCAAGUGUGAAGAAAAUGUCACAAGGGACCAAGUUAUCAAUCGCUUGUUUGACCUUAACAAAAAAAUCAGGAAAUUUCAAGAGCAGCUGUACAAGAAAAAUGUUGAGUCUGUUCGAAAUGCUACAGAAGAAUCCCAUGAACCUGAGGAAGAUAAUACCAAAACUUCUUCCCAAUCUCUUGAGGAAAGGCUUAUCAAAUUAAUAACUCAAAUAUCCCAUGGAGACGAUGACUGCCUAACAGAAGAAAAAUUUCUAAUUGAGAAUCGGCGAACGAUGAUUUAUCUAGAGAAAAGGAGGGCUUCAAUGGCGAUGAUGGUGAAAGGAACAGAAGAAUUGGAAGCUUUGGCUAAGCAGAAUUCUGGAUUUGAAGUGACAUAUGGUCAUAUCAGUGAAGAAUUGCUGAAAAGUUGCAUUUGCCCUUACUGUUUCAAAGACAACGCGGAGGCCUUGGACAACAUUCCUCAGUAAUGCCUCACAUCUCUUUUGGAAGAUUCCAUGUCAUUCCAAGGUUUUCUUGUAACUAGUAUUUGCACUCGAGUUUGAAAUGUAGGGAGCAUGAGAAAGGGAAGAACCUUAGUUUUUUUUUUUUUUAGUAGUUGUAAUGCUUGUAGUUUCCUGGUAUUGAGUUUUGCAAACCUUUUAUACAAUUCAUGUGGAUUUUAGCAACUUGAAUAUUACG